AUGAAAAGUCUGGAUGAGGCUCCUGGGAGAGAAGCAGACCAAGAGAACAACAACGCAGAGCCAGAAAAUCAAUCGGAAACAUCCCACAAUAAGAGCCCGCUCCUUCCUGAUUCAUGGAAACCAUAUCAACAGUCCCGUGCAUUUGUCAAAGGGUGGCUGUUGAAGCUGAGGUGCUGUUUGGGAGCAAUGUGUAGGAUGGAGUGGUAUGGCUAUGCUGCUCUUGGCAUUUUGACAGCCUUCCUCAGCUUCCUCAUGGACCUCAGUGUAGCGAAAGUGCUGCGAGCUCACCAGUGGCUUUAUGUGAAGCUGGAGGGCAACAGUCUGCUACAGUUCUUCUGCUGGACUCUUUACCCAUCAUGCCUCUGUCUCGUUGGAUCAACAUUCUCCCACAACAUCUGUCCCUUCUCCACAGGCUCAGGGAUACCAGAGGUGAGGACCAUGCUGGCUGGCUUUGAAAUGCCUCACUACUUGUCUGUCACUCACUUGUUUACCAAGUAUGUGGGCCUAAUCUGUACACUGGCGGCCGGCAGCACUAUUUUCCUGGGCAAGGUGGGUCCAUUUGUGCAUCUUUCUACUAUGGUGGGGGCCUACCUGAGCAACCUCUGCAGUCUUGUCCGAGUCAAUAAGAACGACAAAGCAGCAGGAGAAAUGUUGGUUGUAGCUGCAGGAGUUGGGGUGGCCAGCUGCUUUGGAGCACCUAUCAGUGGCGUGUUGUUCAGCGUGGAGGUGAUGUCUUCUCACUUUGCUGUGAAGCAUUACGUCCCAUGUUUCUUCUCAGCUGCUUGUGGAGCAUUGACCUUCCGCCUCUUUUCAGUAUGGAGUGGAGAUGGAGAGACGCUUCAGGCAUUAUUCAAAACUAAUUUCCCCACAGCUUUACCUUUCUACCCACUGGAGAUUCUGCUGUUUGCUCUCCUUGGGCUGCUGUGUGGAGCUGUGAGCUGCUGUUACCUCUUUUGCCACCGAUGGAUCCUGCGAUUCACUAAAACAAAUCCAGUCUUCAUCAAGAUGCUGACGACAGAGAAGGGUAUGUACUCAGGCAUUGUGGCCUUUCUCCUGGCAUCUGUGACGUUUCCCCACUUUGCUGGUCAAUAUAUGGCUUCGAAGUAUACCAUGAAGCAGCUCCUCACCUCCUUAUUGGAUAGCAGGCAGUGGAGCUCUCAAUCCCACAAUGCCUCUGUGCAUCUGAAGCCUGAGCCUUGGUUGGAGUGGAGCCCAUCAGGGAGUCCUGUCUAUUCCUCCUUGACUUUCUUUCUGGUCAUGAAGAUGUGGAUGUUAGUCCUCGCCUGCACUCUGCCUGUCCCAGCUGGAUACUUCAUGCCAGUCUUUGUCUAUGGGGCAGCUUUGGGUCGUUUGGUUGGAGAAGGGACAGUCUUGUUGGUUGGAGAUUUAUCACAGUCUUCCAUAAAUCCUGGGGGCUACGCGCUGGCUGGUGCAGCAGCCUAUUCUGGGGCUGUGACACAUACCUUGUCCCCAGCUCUCCUGGCUAUUGAAGUUACUGGCCAGUUCAGCCAUGCUGUACCUGCCCUCCUUGCUACUGUGCUGGCCAAUUUUGUGGCUCGAUCUGGGCACCGCCCAUCUUUCUACGAUGCCCUUUCUAUCAGCAAAAGGCUCCCCCACCUGCCCUCUCUGAAGAAGGCAUGCCCCCGGUAACCGCAGCUGCCUUUGCUCCAGGUGUGACAAGAUUCAUUUCUUUUGCAGGCUGCCCUGCAGCUUCAGAAAGCAGCUGGGUUGGUGGAGGUUCAGUAUGCUGUCAACAGCAGCACCGAAACACAAAUCCCUGUGGUGGACUCGCAUGAGUCACAGAUUUUACUGGGGUUCGUUCUGCGAUCAGAGCUGCUGAUGUUCCUGCGUCACUCUAAGACUGAGACUGUGGAGAAACAUCUGGAUGAGGUCUGUACUAUUCACACAAUCUCUGUCCUGUUGUCACCUCACAACACUGUUCAGGAAGCCCACGGCAUACUGAGUCUUGUUGGCACACAGACCUUGUUUGUCGCAGACAAAGGACGGCUAGUCGGGCUCAUCACAUGGCCAGAGAUGAAGAGAAUAUUAGAAGACUUGGCCAAAGAAAUCUAAGCUGCCAUACACAGGAAAUAAGCUCAUCCGCUGACUUUCUUUUAAGAUGUGAAUCCAUCUCUGUCUGAUUAGCUUGUAACACAAUAAUGUUAUCACAUCUUUAUUCCCAAGUGUAACAAUAUUUGCAUGCAAACAAAACUGUCAUUAGCUGGAGGCUCAUGUGAUAACCAUUUAUCAAAGCUUAUUGUCCUGUCUGUUAUUGUAAUUAGCAAGAUUGUGACCAUUGAGGAGCUAGCAUCUCAUUCAGUGAACCACAGUCUGUGACACAGCAGUGCUGAGAGUGUGUCUGCCCCCAGUGGGGAUGAAAACAAAAGCGUAUAAAAGAGUGUGUAGUGCAGUUAACACAAGAAAACCUCACUAGUUUGUUUUUCCUG